GAGGAGGAGGAGGAGGAGGAGGAGGGAAAGAAGAGAAGCAAGAAGAAGAAAAAGAAGAACCCACUACCUUCCCAGGAUUGCCUUUUUUCGCCCCCCUUAUCUUGACGCGCGCGUGUGCGCCCCUCGCCCCUUCCCACCGAACCUGGUCUUGGAUGUUUAAUAAAGAAAUCAAGUGUCUCCACAGUCACAAAAAAAAAAAAAAAUCCAACCAAAAAAAAAAAUUUUUUUUUGCCUCCAAAAAAGCCAAAACAAAAAGAGAGAAAGAGAGAGAGAGAGAAAGAAAAAAAAAAUCCCCCCCCCCCAAACAAACAAACAAACCAGGCAGAACCAAGCUCUACUUCCAAGCAGCCGGCACCAGCCACCCGUGUCCGCCGCCACCGGAGAGGGGGGUCUCUGGCCCGCGGUGGAGGAGUUGCCAGGGGGGCUCGCCGGGGGCACGGAGGCCGAGCGACGCCCUAGGAGCCGGCGGGCGAGCGACACAGCGGCCCCCGCGCGCGGCUCGGGGCUGGGGCGCCGGCGGUGGCACCGGAGCGGCGCAGAGCAAUGCCAAGGAGGAAACAGCACGCACCCAAGCGGGCGGCAGGCUAUGCCCAGGAGGAGCAGCUGAAAGCAGAGGGCGACAUCAAGGAAGAGGAGGAAGAGGAGGAAGACAGCGGUUCCGUGGCUCAGCUCCAGGGGAGUAAUGACCCCGGCACGGACGAGGAGCUGGACACGGGCCCGGAGCUGAAAGGCUGCUUCAGCUACCAGAACUCGCCCGGCAGCCACCUGUCCAACCAGGACGCCGAGAACGAGUCUCUGCUGAGCGAUGCCAGCGACCCCGUGUCGGACGUCAGGAGCGCCAGCGGUCGAGAUGGCUCGGACAAGAAAGCCGGCGCGCCCCCCAAGCUUCCCAGCGAACCCCACAACUGCAUGGACAAGAUGACGGCUGUCUACGCCAACAUCUUGUCCGACUCCUACUGGUCGGGCCUGGGCCUGGGCUUCAAGCUGUCGGCGGCGGCAGGCGAGCGGCGCAGCUGUGACACGCGCAGCGGCGGCCACAAGACUGAUUUUGACUGGCACCAGGAUGCUCUGUCCAAGAGCCUGCAGCAGCACCUGCCCGCCAGGGCCGUGUCCAAGCCCAGCCUGUUCAGCUCGGUGCAGCUGUACCGCCAGAGCAGCAAACUCUGCGGCUCCGUCUUCACCGGGGCCAGCCGCUUCCGCUGCCGCCAGUGCAGCGCGGCCUACGACACGCUGGUCGAGCUGACCGUGCACAUGAACGAGACGGGCCACUACCAAGACGACAACCGCAAGAAGGACAAGCAGAGACCCACGAGCUACUCCAAGCCCCGAAAGAGAGCCUUCCAGGACAUGGACAAGGAGGACGCCCAGAAGGUCCUCAAGUGCAUGUUCUGCGGAGACUCCUUCGACUCCCUCCAGGAUCUGAGCGUCCACAUGAUCAAAACGAAACAUUACCAAAAAGUGCCUUUGAAGGAGCCCGUCCCCACCAUCGCCUCCAAAAUGGUCACCCCGGCCGCCAAGAAGCGCGUCUUCGAGGUCAACCGGCCGUGCUCCCCGGACUCCACCACGGGGUCGCUGGCCGAGUCCUUCCCCACGCCCAAGAGUGGCGCCCUGCAGCUCACGUCCAACAACCGCUACGGCUACCAGAACGGGGCCAGCUACACGUGGCAGUUCGAGGCGUGCAAGUCGCAGAUCCUGAAGUGCAUGGAGUGCGGCAGCUCCCACGACACCCUGCAGCAGCUCACCACCCACAUGAUGGUCACCGGCCACUUCCUCAAGGUCACCAGCUCCGCCUCCAAGAAAGGGAAGCAGCUGGUGCUGGACCCGCUGGCCGUGGAGAAGAUGCAGUCCUUGUCCGACGGCCCCGGCAGCGAGGCACCGGCGACCCCUCGGCCCUCCAGCAACCCCGUCUCCGAGGGUGCGGCCUCCACCACGGAGCUCAAGAAAGAGGGGAAGAGGGACAAGGCCGAGGAGGCCCCCCAGGACGAGAAGGGCGUGAAGAGGGAGGAGUACGAAGACCCCCUGCAGAAGCCCUUAGACCCGACCAUCAAGUACCAGUAUCUGCGGGAGGAGGACCUGGAGGAUGGCUCCAAGGGGGGUGGGGACAUCUUGAAGUCGCUGGAAAACACCGUCACCACGGCCAUCAACAAGGCGCAGAACGGGGCUCCCAGCUGGAGCGCCUACCCCAGCAUCCACGCCGCCUACCAGCUGUCGGAGGGCACCAAGCCCGCCUUGCCCAUGGGGUCCCAGGUGCUGCACAUCCGGCCCAACCUCCCCAACAAACUGAGGCCCAUUGCCCCCAAGUGGAAAGUCCUGCCCCUGGUGCCCAUGCCCCCCAACCUGGCCCCCUACACGCAAGUGAAGAAGGAGCCGGAAGACAAAGAGGAGGCGGGCAAGGACGGCAGCCAGGAGAGUCCCCCGGAGGAGGCCUCCUCCUUCAGCCACCACGAGGCGGGAGAGUCUUUCCCCAAGGGCGAGCCGCCCUCGGAACCCAAGAAACCCGAGCCCGCCCCGCUCAAGGAGGAGGACAAGGGGCCGCUGAAGAAGGAGGAGGGCGAGAAAGAACAAGGGCCGAGCCCAGAGCCAGCCACUUCGCUGAGCAACGGCUGUAGCCUGGCCAGCCACGCCCCGGCCCUGCCCAGCAUCAACCCCCUGAGUGCUCUGCAGUCGGUGCUCACCAACCACCUGGGCAGGGCCACGGAGCCGCUGUGCUCGCCCGCCUGUGCCAGCCCGGGCCCCAGCACCAUGUCUCUGUUCCACAAGCCCGCCCUGGGCGUCCUGGACAAGCCCGCGCUGAGCCCUGCCUCCGCCAGGCCGGCCAGCGUGUCCAGGCGCUACCUGUUCGACAGCAGCGACCAGCCCAUCGACCUGACCAAGGCCAAGAGCAAGAGGGCCGAGUUGGCGCAAGCACAGUCCUGCACGUCCCCGCCCCAGAAGCACGCCCUGUCGGACAUCGCCGACAUGGUCAAGGUCCUCCCCAAGGCCACCACGCCCAAGCCCGCCGUCCCCUCCAGGCUCCCGGCCCUGAAGCUGGAGAUGGAUGUGCGGCGCUUCGAGGACGUGUCCAGCGAGGUGUCCACGCUGCACAAGCGCAAGGGCCGGCAGUCCAACUGGAACCCGCAGCACCUGCUCAUCCUGCAGGCCCAGUUCGCCUCGAGCCUCUUCCAGACAUCCGAGGGCAAGUACCUGCUCUCGGACCUGGGCCCGCAGGAGCGCAUGCAGAUCUCCAAGUUCACGGGACUCUCCAUGACCACCAUCAGCCACUGGCUGGCCAACGUGAAGUACCAGCUGCGGAAAACGGGCGGCACCAAGUUCCUGAAAAACAUGGACAAGGGGCACCCCAUCUUUUACUGCAGUGACUGUGCCUCCCAGUUCCGAACCCCCUCGACCUACAUCAGCCACCUCGAGUCGCAUCUGGGUUUCCAGAUGAAGGACAUGACCCGCCUGAGCGCGGAGCAGCCCGCCAAGGUGGAGGCCGAGAUCUCCCGGGUUUCGUCGGCUCAGAGGUCUCCGGAAACCAUAGCAGGCGAAGAGGACACAGACUCUAAAUUCAAGUGUAAGUUGUGCUGUCGGACAUUUGUGAGCAAACACGCGGUAAAACUCCACCUAAGCAAAACGCACAGCAAGUCCCCCGAGCACCAUUCACAGUUUGUAACAGACGUGGAUGAAGACUAACCCUGCAGGACGAAUGCCUUAGCCCCACCUCUCCAGCCUGAGUCCGCGCGCAAGGCCUGCUUCUCCCACGGAACUGCACGCAGACUGGACAGCGUGGGGGCGGAGCACCCCAGCCAUCUCUCUUCCUCCUCACUCACAAUUUGGUAAUGAAGUAUUGAUUUCCACUUGCCCGCUUACGGAUGAUAUUAGAUCUCCAUCGAUACCGUGCCCCGGGGCAGGCGGAGGGGCGCCCCCCGCCCCGCGCCCCGCGCCCCCCGCCCCGCGCCCCGCGCGGCUCUCCACGGCCCGCCCUUCCCGCUGUCACCGGGAAACGAAGCGGCCCCUGCCCAGAACACGUCCUGCUUCUGUCCACUCGGACCGCUGGCGGGAGAGGGCGGGGCCUCCGCGGGCCCCCCUGGCCACCACCGGCAUGUCCACUUGCUAUUUAUAAGCCCUCGGGGACCGUUUGUGGAGAGGAAACGUUUCUGUGCAGAGCCGCAGUGACGGUUGCACCUGGAGUGCCCGGGCCUGCCCCCGCACCGGGGACCCAUUCAUCACGCAAAGUGGAAGAAUUAUUCAGUCCCAGCCGAAUUGGAGCCGAGAACGCCUCUGCCCAGGCUUCGUCUGCUGCUUAUUAACCGUGUGACUGCCAAAGCCCGUUUUCCAGCCCCCCCCCCCCACGCGACGAGGAGCCUCUUCCCUCCCAUCAGCACCUCCGUGGCCCAGAGCAAGAGCGUUUUCCGCAGAGCCGUGCGCCGCGCCGCGUGCCCCGCGUGGGCUCCCGGGCUGGGCCCGUGUCCCGCAGCGCCCGUGGGUCUGGACCUGGACACUCCGGUCGCAGAGGCCGCGCCGAACACACCGGCUCCGGGGUGCCCCCUUUUUCUAAAUGUGUUCCCGCAACUUUCUUCAUUAAAACUUGGAGGGCCCAAUUUUAAUUUGUGGAAUAUUCCCGUUAAUAAUGAGAUCUAAUUAAGACAUCCAUUAAAAGCCCGUUAAAGUUAAUUUAACGUAAAAAUUCCAAUAGAACUGUAUUAGAUUUUCUCCAUUAAAUUAACGUUAUGGAUUUUUAACGGAUGUCUUAAUUAUGCGUUAUUAUUAACGGGAAUACUGUAUUACACAGAUUAAAAUCAGGCCCAAAGUCGGCUUGGAAAAGCUAAGAGCAUGUUUGAAUAUAAAAAAAAAAAAAAAGUCUUGCAUACCUAGCACACAGUUUGGAAAGGCAGGGCUAGAUUUGUUUACUCUAGUUGAACAUUCUCUAUACAGCAGAAAGCAACCUAUAAUAGAUAAAUCCAUCAUUGCAUUUAAACAAUGAAUUUCCUUACUCUCCAAGGACGUAUCAGCCUGGAUUGCAUUGUAAAAUGCUACUCAGCUCUAGGUGAGACAUUUAAACUAUUCUAGGCAGAACACUAGGAACUAGAUGAUUCUGAAACAAAAAAAAAGUCUGUUUCUGUUGUUGCUUUGAUUACCAAGGUCAUCACACACACACAGACACACAGACAGACAGACAGACAGACAGACACACACACACACACACACACAUAUACACACACACCAACCAAAAAGAAGCCAAAUAUCCUCUUCACCGUUUCUCAUUGGAGGCUGCCUACUAGAAUUGUUUUUGGAAAUUUUGAUAUGAUCCCUAAAUUCAACAUGGAGAUUUAAAAAGAAGAAGGGAGAGAAAGAAGAAAAAAAAAAAAACUUCUUAUUUACCUCCUAGGGAAAGUGUUGCCCUUAUGCCACAUAUAAUAGCAAAUUGCUUUUUUUAUGGCAUGCAUAACCUAGAUGGGAAAAAAUAUGGCGCUUCGGGGAAGGAGGGAAAAAGUAAAUGAAGUUCCAGGAAUGUCAUUCUGAAGUAAUGAGGCAUGGACAGAAAAUAUACCCCUCACAUCAUCGGAUUGAGAUGGCAGUCGAAAUAGCUUCAUUGAAGUGUCAGCACUCAUCCAUCAAUCAAUCACCCACAAGGAAAAAUAGCAACAGUGCAACGGGCGGCUUUUACGGGAUUUACUCGUGGGCACAGGCAAGAGCGGCUCAAAUGUAGUUCUGACAUGAAAAGCAAGGUGCUGAUAUUAUUUUUUAUGAUGGGAGGAUCAUAAAGUGAAUUGAGAACAGCGAGGUCUGUCUUUGCUUAACCUAUUCAACCAGAAAUGAACGGAGCUCAACUGGAAAGAAACGUCGCUGGAUGGGCUUAGAAUGGCAGGACUCGGCUGAGCACUGUCCUUCGACAACAAAAUUCUAUUACAGGAGAAUCAAUGCAUUAGCAUUGGGGUUCCUGAAGCUCUUUUUUUAAAAAUGGCUUGCUCCAACCAGGGUUAUUAGCGACAGUGACAUCAUUCAGAAGUUACCGCCUCUGUCCCAAAGCAGA